UACAUGCGACCUGUUAUGUGACGCUCGCGUAACCUUGAGCAGUGUCUGGCGUGGUGUGCUCCAGCUCGUAAAGACAAUGCCCCGUUCACAGCUAGAGUGCAAAGUGUACGUAGGAGACCUCCCACGAGAUGCAUCAGAGAAGGAACUAGAGAGGGCUUUUAGCUACUAUGGUAAAAUAAGAAAUGUCUGGGUAGCUCGUAAUCCCCCAGGCUUUGCUUUUGUGGAGUUUGAAGACCCAAGAGAUGCAGAUGAUGCUACAAGGGCCCUUGAUGGCACUACCAUGUGUGGCGUGAGAGUGCGAGUAGAGAGUUCUAAUGGAAAGGUUAGACCCAAACCAUGGCUGCGCAGAGGCCCACCACCUCGCUCAAGACGUCCUUUUCAUCCUGAAGACCGGUGUUAUGAAUGUGGGGAAUCGGGCCACUAUGCUUAUGACUGUAAAAACCAGAAAGGGGGCAGCAGUCGAAGGCGCAGCUCCAGAAGAUCAAGGUCAAGGUCCCGCUCAAGAAGACACAGAAGUUAUUCCAGGUCCAGGUCUCCCUCCAGAGAACGCCGUGGCAGAUCACGUUCCAGGACUCCACGAUCAAGAUCCAGAUCGCCAAGAAGAUCCCCAAGCCACUCCAGAUCUCGCUCUAGAGGUCCUGCUGGGAGCCCACAUGAACGCGGCAGUCCAAGAGGAGGCUCGCCGCCCCCACUGGAUGACUAGGAUUAGUCUUGAGAAUCUGCAGCCACUCGUGGGUGCUUAUAUGAUUGAGACAACAGCUUGAUAAGAAUAAAGAAAAAAAAAAAAAGAAUUGACAAUCUGUAGACAGUGGUGGAUACCACAUUUUAUCAUCGAGACAGAGAAAAGAAAAUGUAGGGAUGGUGAUGAUCGAAUUUAAAGGCUUCUCACAAUAAGAUAGUAUUUUUGUAUAGAUCUGUUUGAGAACAAAUUGAAUGCACACAACUACUUAUGAUGAUAAACAAAUAUUGUAAAUGACUAUAGAGUUUGAUUCUGACCAUUCCAUUGUGCGCUCGUUUGGUUAUGUAGUGAUUUUAAUUAUUAUCAAUGCUAUACUAACACUAAGUAUAUCCAUGUGGGCUACGUUUGUAUCGUUUGAACAAAGAUUAAAUGGAUACGAAGCUUAUCAUCAUAAGUUGCAUUUAAUCGGAAAUGCCUAUCCCAGAUUACGUUAUUUAGGUUCGUAUACACUAGUUGGCUUUACUUGCACAUGUCGCGUUUGUAAUGAAACGAAAUAUUCUUGUUUGUAUUUGUUUUAGUAAUCAUUAUCUUGGAAGUCGUAUUCUUUCCUGAUUCUUAUGAAUUUGUGUCGUGUAUGUAUUAGAAUAAAUGGAUUAUUUUAAAGAAAG